UUGGCCAUCCAACAUGGCGUCGUAGGGAUUCUGUUGUUGUUGUAUUGCACGUAGUUAUGUGAAGGAACCCAAGUGGAUUCAUCUCCAUUUAUUCAAACUAAACAACUAACUACUAGAUUAAAUAGUGUUGGUCUCGAUUCGGCGGGUAUGAGAGAGGUCUAGGAAGACUAUGCUGAGAUCCACCGGUUUCUUCCUUGGGAUUGAUUGCCCGUUUUACACGGAUAGUUGCAACGUGAAAAGUGUCAAAGAUGGGUGCAAAAGACCGUACUGUCACUUCAGACACAGCCAACAGAGACGGUCGUCUUAUGGAUCAAAUGACAUAAGAAAAUCAAACGAGCUUUACUCCAAACAAAAGGAGCAAUGCGGCUAUGACCCAUUCAAACCAGAGGUAGUGAGACCUGAGGAGCAACAGGAUGGGGAGCCUGCUGCUGCGACAGUGGACAUGGGUGCCUUGGAGCUUGAGUUGGUCAAUCGUGCCAUCGAGGAGGUACGCAGUGAGGUGGAGCGGGAAAAGAAGAAACUGUCACGAAUCGAGGAUCAGGAAUAUGACCCGACCGACAGUUCCCCCAAAGUGGCUACUAAAUGGCCAAAACCACUGGCCGUGACAUCACACUUGGCGUAUGACCCAGGCAGUUAUCAGAUGACUACAACAGCUGAUUACAACCCUACCCCUCGCUCCAGUAAGUACACAUUGGAUUCUGACAGCAAAGACAACCAUGCCAGCUCCAUGGAAUAUGUGCCCACCUCAGUUACCAAAAUAGCUGUGAAAAAGCCUGUUCCUCGAACACAAACUCCUCAUCUACACUCUUUGCCUACUAGUCUUAAAUACUCCACUAUUGCAUCCUGCUCCAAGAAUAAGUACACAGUGGAUCAUUCUAAACCAUCCACAGACAUGGAAUAUGACCCCCUCUGCAACUAUUCAGCAAAAAUAGCUGGCAAGAAUAAGAAACACCAGAGGACAGGAAAUAUUAAGGGUGAAGGAAAAAAGAGACCUCACCUGUCAGGGACAAGAAAGCAGUCAACAGAUGAGGAAUAUGUGCCAACCAUUAAGAAGCCUCGGCAGGUAAUACCAGACCCACUGAAGUACACUGCCAGUUUCUCUGAGUCUGAUGAAGAGAGCUCUGGGAUAGAGUAUCGACCCACCUCUCUCAGCCGUCUGCAGAGGAGGAAAAGCAGCAGUGGGUCAGUGGAGGAUGCCUCAGGUCCAGGGAAAGGAGAGAGGACGGAAGGAGCCGUAGGUGGGCUGAAACAACAGAGGAGUCAGGAGUCUAAAGAGCAGCAGGACGCCGCACACUGGGAGUCAGAGGACUUGGAGAACCAGGAAUUGGUAGCUAGGCAGAAAGACAAGCCAGAGACUGAAAUAGUGGCAGGUAAAACCAGCCAAGUGAAGAGCAGCAAAGUAAAGAAUGUGCAUAAAUCUGAAAAGGAGUCCAGUAAAAAGAGUGGUGGUGGUGCUGGUGGUGGUAGUAGUAGUAAAAAAGGAGCAGGGGAUGGUGAGAAAAUAAGUGAUUUAAAGAAAUCAAGCCACGAAGCUGCAAAGGGAGACCGCAAGAAUCAGGGAAAGAAAGAAGAAAAACGCAAGAUAAAGAAUACAUCUAUAGACAAAGGCAAGGAGGGAAAGAGUAAGAUAAGGACAGACACAUUUAAAGGGGAGUCAAGCAAGCGGGAGAAUGAGCGAGGAAAGGGAGGUGGGGAUAGUAAACUGCAGACUUCAGACAAAGGAAAGGACUCUAAGUUUAAAGAACACAAGAAUGGUAAAUAUGACAGCAAUGAAAGAGAAAAAUAUUCAAAGAAAGUAAGCAAAGGGAGUUCUAAAAUUGGUAAAGACAAGGUGAAGAAAAGCAGCAGUAGCUCCUCUGAUGGCAAAACAGGAAAGGUGAAACAAAGAUCUCUGAGUCACGUAGAUCUGUUUGGUGAUGAGAGUGUAGAGGAGGAAAGUCAGGGGGAUGAGGAAGAGGAGACAAUUGUGAGGAAGUCAGCUGCUCCUUUCAAGAGGGGGAGUUUGACUAGGAGGAAUGUCUCAGAGCUCACCCCCUCAUCCUCAGAGGAUGAAGAUGUUGGUGCAGAAGAUGACGGAGGCUAUGGUGACAUGGAUGAUUGUGGGGUGGACUACUCCAGUCUGCAGGUGGACAUGGACUUUGACCUGGAUGAUGACCCAAUGGAGGAGUGCUUACGGAUCUUCAAUGAAUCCAAGGAUGUGAAGACUGAGGACAAGGGAAGGCAAGCCAAGCCCUCUAAAGAUUCGGAGGAUGAGGAUUCCACAGAGAGCAAUCAAACCACUCUUUUCCCCGGUCAGAGGAAAAGGGUUUCACAUUUCUCAGCCAAAGGAAGUACUGAGGCAACCCCAAAGCCUCCACCAUACAGGAGACUGACUGCCCAGGAGAUCUGUUACCAGCGUAUGCAGAUAGCACAGCAGCAGGCUGCCCAGCUGGCUGCAGCUGUGAAGACUGCCUCCACACCCAGCCCUUUCCCUGGGGAGAGGAAGAGAGUAGCCCACCGCCCCACCCCUUUACCAUCCUCUUCCAAAUCUGGUCUUGCCGUGGCAAAGUCGGCGGGCAGCAGAGGGUUGUCGCCCACCUGUACCCUCCCAGCAGGUCUCUCUGUGAAGGCCCAAACAUCAGCCGGCAUCCUGUCAAAGACCACCACCACUGUUGUACAGAAGAGGGUGGCACACACUCCCACAAUGAAGAGCUCUGCAAUGAAGCGGCCAGUUAUUCCCACCGCGUUUGGGGCCAAAGUUCCAACCAACGUCCGCCAGCGAUACCUCAACACAUUUAUAGACGAGUGUAUGAAGUUCUGCCCCUCUGAAGACUUGGCCUUCCAAAUGGCCCUGGAGGAGGAGAAGGUGGUGUAUGACCGGAGCAGCAGUAAGAACAUCUACCUCAACGUGGCAGUCAACUCCCUGAAGAAGCUACGCAGCAAGAGCAGCUCCCCCAACUCACUCGUUGCCAUGAACCCUGCAGUGGUGGGGAACAGGAAGUCCCAGUCCCAUGAAGAAGUGCUGGGGGGACGCCUCGCUGCCAAGACCAGCUUCACGAUAAACAGGACGGGCAAGCAACAGGCAGAGAAACUCAGUGGUGCUACUCUGUACCGGAAGCUGAGGGACUAUCUGAUGUCAGAGGAACGGCUGCAGGAGCAUGGAUACCCUAGGCCACACCCUGAGCGCUCAGGUCGAGCCGUGGUCCACAACGUCCCAGAGAAGAACAACGUUGACCCGUUUGCCAAGGUGUGCUGUCGAUGUGGGGCCGAGUAUAAGAUCAAUGCCAACGGCAACUGUGUUCGCAAGGAGGAGUGUAAUCACCACUGGGGCCGUCUGCGCAGACAUAAAGUGUCGGGAGGCUGGGAAACCAACUACAACUGCUGCUCAGGAACUGUGGGCUCUCCUGGUUGCUCCGUGUCUAAGCAACAUGUUCAGGACGGCCGCAAGGAGUCUUUGGGUGGCUACGUUCAGACCUUUGAGAAACAGCUGCCCCCCGAUGGCAACUGUGGAGUCUAUGCCCUGGACUGUGAGAUGUGCUACACAAAGCAGGGUCUGGAGCUGACCAGGGUGACUGUUAUCAACUCUGAGCUGAAAGUCAUCUAUGACACAUUUGUUAAACCUGAAAGUAAAGUUGUAGACUACAACACACGGUUUUCGGGUGUAACGGAGGAGGACCUGGAGAAUGCCAGCAUCACCCUGAGAGACGUGCAGGCGGUGAUGCUCAACAUGUUCAACGCUGAAUCCAUCCUCAUAGGACACAGCCUGGAGAGUGACCUUUUUGCCCUCAAGGUCAUACACAGCACUGUAGUGGACACAGCGAUCGUGUUCCCCCAUCGCCUGGGCUUGCCCUACAAGCGGGCCCUAAGGAACCUCAUGGCAGACCACCUCAAACGUAUCAUACAGGACAGUGUUGAAGGUCAUGACUCCAGUGAGGAUGCCUGCGCCUGCAUGGAGCUUAUGAUGUGGAAGAUCCGAGAAGACGCCAAGGUGAAGAGGUGACCUCUGCCUUCUCUUCCCAGCCCACCUCCCCUCUAACCGGACUGCUGCAGACAUACAGGGAGGGAGAGAGGCGGGGCGCUGGAGGCCCGGAGAAAGAACUAUCAGUCUGAGAAGCCAUCAGCCCAGCACUUGACAAGAAAGAAGUAGCAGGAAUGCUUCAGGUAUUCCAAAACAGCCACAGCACAUGUGUUCCACAGACUGGGAUAGGACCUUGACAUAGGGUGAGAAUAGGCUCCUCUGCAGAGAUCUGCACAGACAGCCAAAUCACUACGUUGCCUGGACAGGUGGGCCAAAGUGAACAGGUGCCAGAGCCCUCGAUGGAGCAAGCAGGGAAAGAGCAGAAAUCAGCAGUGUUUUAAUUUACUGUUUAGGCAUUUCAUUGAUAAGAUCCAUGAUCAUGAUUGUCACCAGUUUUGGUUGGUAUCUAUUCUUCUCUUCCCACCAUCUAUUUCUGAAAGAUGGGGGGGGGGGUUACAUCGAUGGCUCCCAUCAAAUAUAACCUUUCUAUCAAAUGAAAAUGACAAACAUGUCAGGGCAUUGGACUUGUUCACAUUGUUAGGGUAGAAAUGCUAUUGCUGCCGAGCUGCAUCCUUGGCCCAACUUGCACUCUGUUCUCACGUUACAUUAAAUGUGGUCAGUCUCUUAGUAUUUUGGUGGCUCUCAAACUUGAUUCAUCAUGACAGACUUGGUCAGAACCCAAACCAGAAAUAUGAAUGUCUAAAAUUGUCCUGGAGUGGUUGAUUAGAGAUAUUGUGUUGAAUAGCUUGACUAUGAGCUUCACCAUCUCUGUUCUGUACACGGCAUUAAAGUAACUUAUUUUCUAUCUUUGCCUGUGUCCACAUUAUGCAGCAAUUUAAUUAUUCAAUGUAGACCGAUAUGAAACCGUUUAUAUUAAAUAACGCCUAUAAUUUUUUAAUAUGGCAUAACACAUAAUGGUAGAAAACUUCUGCUGUAAAUUGUUUUCUUUUGUAUUAUCUUUUUCUAUUAAAAAGAUUGAAAA